AUGGCCAACGUCGACCCAUCCACCCUCACCUCGUCCGCCCAGAUCUUCUCUGCGAACCACACCCUCCCCCAGAUCCGCGCCAUCCACAAGAACCUUCAUGUCCAUAUCGAGGAGAAGUCGACCCGGCUGCGGACGCAGGUCGGCAGCUCGUACCGCGACCUCCUGGGCACUGCCGACACCAUCGUUCAGAUGCGCGGCGACAACGAUGCCGUCCAGGAGUUGCUUGGCAAGAUGGGCGGUCGCUGUGGGAGAGCCGUGAUCGGCGCCAAGGCGUCAAGCCUGGCCAAAUUCGUCACGAAAGAGAACAAGGCAGAUGCCGCCGUUGCGGCGCGGUUAAGGCUACUCGAUGCCUGCGUGCUGAUCGGAGGACGAAUACUGAAAGGAAAGGGUGGGCUGGGCGAUGAAGUGAAGAGGGGGAACAGACUGGUAUUGUCAACCAAGAUAUGGGCCCUGGGUAGGCUCUUGAUCAACAACCUGACGGAGGAUGCAACAGAUGCUAGCAGCCGCCGUGCUAUUGAAACGGCGAAGGUCACGCUGAACAGCCUGCGCCAGAGGUUGCUAAGAAACGUGGCCAAAAUAUUUGAGAGAGCAGGCAGUGAGACUGAAAGAGACGAUGUUCUAAAGGCCCUAUGCGCCUACAGCCUGGUGACCAGCUCAGGGGCCAAGGACGCACUGCGACACCUUCUCAAGGUCAGGAAGGACACAAUAGCGUUGGCAUUUGAGGUGGAGGAGAGUGAGCGUGAGAGGAGUACAGAUGAUGUGGUCCAGGGCCUGAAGCUCUACGCGAAAACGCUGCUGGACGUUCAAGCUCUGGUACCAGGGAAGCUUUCACUUGCUUUGGCCGGGUUGAAGAAGCACCCCCUAUUCGCAGACCCUGCCUUGAAGCAGCUCGAGGGUCUACGGUUGGAUGUUUACGAGCACUGGUGCGGCGAGGAGAUCCAAUACUUUACACCUUAUAUCCGACACGACGACCUCAACGGGUCCCAAGCCAGGGAGAUGUUGAUGGACUGGUCAGAGACAGGGUCAGAGAUUUUGCUAGAGGGACUAAAGAAGACGCUGGAGCAGAUGUCGGAGUUCAAGCUGAUUAUGGAACUCCGCACCAGCGUCCUCCAGCUCUGGAUCCGAGAUGGAGGCAAAGCGAAGGGCAUCGACCCGUCCGAGAUGCAAGACGACUUGCGUGAUGCUAUCAACGCUCGGAUGCUCGCCGUGCUGGAUAUCAAAGUCACCAAGCUCCGCCUAGUUGGCUCCGAAAUCUCAGGGACUCUCGGAAGAUGGAAGGGUGGCAUUACCGACGAGCAUGUGAGCCUCUGGGACGAAGAUGGCUACGAGGAAGCUCUCGCAGGCGGCGCGGCCCCUUUCGUCGAAGAGGUUAUCUCUCGACUGUACGGCCGGAACGACGCCGUGUCUAAGGCCGCCAACUGUUACAAGUCGUGGUACCAUGUGAUAGACGACGUGAAGGAGGUGGUGGAAUCACUGAGGCGACAACGUUGGGACAAUGACUAUGAUGAGAUUGAGGAUGAGGAGACGAUCGAGGCCCGACAACAACUGUUAAGCAAGGAUGACCCACAGAUGCUGCAGGAGAAGCUGGACAGUACCCUUGACAAGUCGUUCAAGGAACUCGAGAACCAGAUCCAGAAGCUAUGGGACGAACGGUCAUCCACACCUGGCAACGGCACCAUCGCCAUGUACUUCCUUCGCGUGGUCCGCGACAUCCGCAACCGCCUCCCCCAACGCCCGGCGGUCAAGACGUUCGGCCUCACCAUAGUACAUUCGUUACACGGCAAGGUAGCAACGUCCGUAUCAACGACUGCCCUCAGCGAGUUUGUCACCACUGGACUAACUUACCGGGUUGUGGUCGGUCGGCCGCUGUGGGAGGGUGAGCCCCCAGUACCCAACCAGCCGUCGCCCGAGAUCUUCCAGUUACUGCGCGCGCUGUCGCUUUCCAUGUCGGAUACGGGUGUUGACCUUUGGUCGUCGACAGCUGUGGCCGUGUUGAAAAAGCAUCUGAGCAAGCAACUCUGUGAUAAGUGGAUGGAGGCUUUGGCGAAAGAGGUAUCUCAGGAGGCAGACACCCCCAAGGACAGUAAAGCUAAAAAGGAGGAUGAAGAGGAGGACGAGGACGAGGACGAAAGCAAAGAAGACGACGUCGACACCAAAGAAGAUUCAGCCAGCUCAGGCCUCACGCCCGAGCAGACAAGCGACCUCUUUAUCCAAUGGCUCUUUGACGUUGCCUUCCUGCGGCGAUGUAUCGGCACAACUCAGGAUGGGGCAAUCGACGAAUUUAAAGACCUCGAGGACAAGGUGUACGAGCGUACGGGGCUUGGCGAUGCCGCGGCGCGUCAGCGCAUCGCCAAGUUGGCAAACGACUUUUGGCAGCGGACCAGCCUGCUGUUUGGCUUGCUUGCGUAA